GACAGCCACGAAAAACAUUUCUCAUUCAUUAAUAAAAACAUGGAAGAAAUAUACUUCGGCAUAUUAACAGUUAGUGAUACAUGUUAUAAUGGAAAAAAUUCUGAUAAAAGUGGCAAAAAAUUGUUGGAAAUUAUAUCUGAGGGUAAUUUAAUACCAAAAUCAAAAUUGAUACAUUACGACAUUGUUCCGGAUGAAUUAACCACAAUUGCACAAGUAUUAGUGAAAUGGUCAAAUGAAGAUAAAUGUAAUGUAAUAUUAACUACAGGUGGUACGGGAUUUUCUGAGCGUGAUGUUACACCUGAAGCAACACGGAAUAUUAUUUACAAAGUAGCACCCGGCUUAAUGCAUGUUAUGAUGCAAGAAAGUUUAAAAGUUACACCACUAGCCAUGCUGUCGCGGGGAGUUUGUGGAAUUCGAAAGAAGACUCUAAUAAUAAAUUUACCAGGAAGUAUGAAAGGUGCCGUUGAAUGUUUAACUUUUGUAAGUUCUGCAAUACCACAUGCAGUUCAUCUUUUAAGAAAUAAUACAGAUGAAGUUGUUAAAACUCAUAUUGAUGUACAAGCGAAGGGGCCAGAAGUUCCUUUACAAAUACGGAAGAGUAAGGUGAAUGUAAGUGCUGUAGCAUUUCGUGCAAGAAAAUCGCCUUAUAAAAUGUUAGAAGUUGAUGAAGCUUUAAAAUGUAUUUCGAAUUUAGUACAACCCUUAGGAAUAAUAAAGUUAAAAUUAUCAGACGCUUUAGGAUAUAUACUAGCAGAGAAUGUAACUGCAAUAGACCCAUUACCACCAUUUAAUGCAUCAAUUAAGGAUGGUUAUGCGGUUAUUGCAGCGGAUGGAUCCGGUAUUCGAAACGUUCAGGAUGCUGUUAGUGCAGGCGAAAUGCCAAAAAAUAAAAUAAUAACUGGAGUUUGUGUACGAAUUAAUACUGGAGCACCAAUACCCGAUGGAGCUGAUGCUGUUGUCCAAGUAGAAGAUACUGAAUUGGUGGAAGCUUCCGAGGAUGGUACACAAGAAAUUAAAAUAAAUAUAACAUCUACACCGAGAGUUGGUUUGGAUAUUAGACCAAAAGGCUGUGAUAUAGAAGAAAACAGUGUAGUACUUGUAAAAGGUACAGAAUUGAAAGCAGUUGAACUUGGCUUAUUAGCCACAGUAGGACUAUCUUCGGUAUCAGUUUAUAGGAAACCUAUUAUAGGUUUACUAUCAACUGGAAAUGAGUUACAAAAUCCUGGAGAAAAAUUAAAACCAGGACAUAUCCGAGAUAGUAAUAAAACUACUCUCACAGCGCUAUUCACUCAAUUGUCUUAUGAUACAAUAGAUUGUGGGGUGUGCCGUGAUAAUCCAGAUGAAGUCUUGACUACAAUAGAAAAUGCUCUUGAUAGAUGUGAUAUAUUAAUAAGUACUGGAGGUGUCUCCAUGGGUGACAAAGAUCUCAUAAAACAGGUGUUAAAAGAAGAUUUUCAAGCUGAUAUACACUUUGGACGAGUAAAUAUGAAACCUGGGAAACCUACUACAUUUGCAACAUGUAAUUUUAAAGGAAGUAUUAAAUAUAUAUUCGCCCUACCGGGUAAUCCAGUAUCGGCAACAGUAACAGCACAAUUAUUUGUAUUGCAAGCAUUAAAUAGAAUGUCGGAUAAAUUUGAUCAUACAAAAAUUAAAAUUGAAGUUGGAGAAGAUUUAAAAUUAGAUAAAGAACGUCCUGAAUAUCAUCGAGCUGUUAUUAAUUGGGAAGGUGAAAAUGGACCAAUAGCAUAUAGUACAGGUAAUCAAAUGAGCAGUCGAUUAAAAAGUUUGUUGUCCGCCGAUUGCUUAUUGAUAUUACCAGCAGCUAUUACAAGCAAUGAAGUUAUCAAAAAAGGCGACAAAGUAAAUGCAAUUCUGUUAAAAUGUUAAGACAAUAAAAAAUAUGGCCAGAAUAAUUUUAAGUUAACAUUAUAUUUAUAAACUAGAAUAAUUUUUGUUAAAAAUAUAUAUAU